AUGCACUGGAUCCCGGCUCAGAGCCCCGCCGCUGUGGAGGAGAUUCUAGACCGGGAGAAUAAGCGGAUGGCCGACAACUUGGCUUCCAAGGUCACCAGGCUCAAAUCGCUGGCCCUGGACAUCGAUAGGGACGCAGAAGACCAGAACCGGUACCUGGACAGCAUGGACUCGGAUUUCACAAGCAUGACAGGCCUGCUCACAGGGAGUGUGAAGCGCUUUUCCACAAUGGCGAGGUCUGGGCGAGACAACCGGAAGCUUCUAUGUGGACCUGUGGGUCGCUUCUGGAGUGUCAGCAGGCAGCUUCCCAUCCACCAAGCGAGACCCUUGGACAGCGGGGUUUGCUGAUGUUGGUGCCUGAGACUAGUAACCCAAGAAGGACCCGGGGACCCAGUCUGUGCCAAGGUGGCUGGCAGGCUCUAUCCCGCAAUUCAAGGACAAGGCAUUUACCAAUAAAAAUUUGGAAUAAACAGUUUCAUGGUGGAGUA